UUGGCGCAGCAGGUGGAGCCUCGCACCCUCGCUCCCUGUGGUGCUUUCCAGACGUCAGGAUUUUUCCAGGACCACAAACUGGAGGUCCAGUUCCUGCUCUACACCCCCCGCAACCCCACCUGCGCACAGGUCAUCCAUAUCAACCAAUCCGGAAGCAUCAAGAGCUCCAUGUUCAACACCUCUCUGGACACCAAAAUCAUCAUACACGGAUUCAGGGUAUUGGGCUCAAAGCCGUCCUGGACUGAAAACUUGGUGGAGGCGCUGCUUGACGCCGGAGAGGCGAAUGUGGUGGUGAUAGACUGGGUGUCCGGCUCUACCGCUAAGUAUAACCAGGCCGUGGAGAAUGUGCCGAAGCUCACCAUCCUGUUAGUGCCGCUUAUAAACCGCUUUUUGGAGCUUGGAUCCAGCUUGGAGUCUCUCCACCUGAUUGGGGUGUCUCUGGGGGCCCAUGUGGCCGGACACGUUGGCAGUCACUUUGGUGGCCGCAUUGGAUGGAUCACAGGCCUGGACCCAGCAGCAUACAAGUACACAAGGACCCACCCGGAGGACAGGCUGGACCCCGGAGAUGCUCUGUUUGUGGACGCCGUUCACACCGAUACAGACAACUUUGGUAUCCGCAUUCCUGUGGGUCACAUUGAUUACUUCAUCAACGGAGGCCGAGACCAGCCGGGCUGUCCAUAUAUCACCUCCAGCCCCUACAAAUAUCUCAUCUGUGACCACAUGAGGUCGGUUGCCGUGUACAUCAACGCGGUGCGUGGAAGGUGCUCCUUCGUUGGUUUUCCAUGCUCCUCCUACAAGGAGUUCCAGGAAGGUCUUUGCGUGGAUUGUGAGACCACACAACUUUCGUCUUGUCCCCGUUUAGGGAGGAGGGACGCUCUAAUUAUUCCAGGAGAAUUUGUAAUUCACGACACGCCCUCCGAAUCACAAAACUACACCAGUACAGUCAGCUACAAGACCCAGGAUCCACCCAAAGAUAUUCUGCUUUUCCUGCUCACCACCGCGGCGGAGCCAUACUGCGCUCAUCACAUUUUGCUGGAGUUCACCUUGUCUGAGCUGAAAGACAUCAGCAUCACCAUGGAGGUCCAGCUGAGCAGCCUCAAUUCCAGCAGCAGCAAAACCAAAAUCACCAUUCCAAAGCAGACCCUGGAGGGCCGAGGCCUGGUUGCCCACGGGGCCCAUCUUUGCCUCUUACACCAGGUUGAGAUUCGAGUGAUGGGCAGUAGAUUUUGGAGACGAGGGCCAGAAUUUAGCGGGACGCUGUGUAUGACUGAAUUGCCCAUGAACAGAAGAAAAUCUAUGGCCUGUUUGCCCCGAAUCAUCUCUUUCUCGGGCAACACCCGCCAGACCUUCGACAUAUCCGAGGACAGACGCUUCGCCUGCCCCUAGGAGGAGGACUGCAGACGCCGCAUUAUGUAGCCGGACAGUCGCAGUAUAUAUAUAUAUAUAUUUAUCCGAGGAUUGUACGAACAUCAGAGGAGAUAUUCCCGGGUGCGUCCACACCCUCUGAUCCUCACUCACCCUUCUGCCACUAACACAAAACCACCAGCGCUGCAAGACUGUAAUAGUAUUUAAAGUAGAACUCUUCCAAGAAUCGCCGGCAACCAGUCAGGAGGGAGCAGGGGGGAGGGGCCAAGCCACACUCUGUGUGUCUAUAGACACACAGAGCUGUCUUAGGAGUGGACACACACAAAUGGAUUCCUAUGGGGGCACUCAGUAGUGGGGGGAGCACAGAGUGUCGGCGGGGGACCCGAGAAGAGGAGGAUCAGGGCUGCUCUGUGCAAAGCCAUUACACAGAGCAGCAGUGACAGGCCUGUCCAUUAGAGGCACACGGGCGCCACCCCCCCCCCCCUAUUUAUGUGUCUGGCAACCUAAUCUACAUACAGGGCACCAGAUGCAUGGAUUCCAAUGGGUAGUGGGGGGUUUUGGAGGACGCGAUUAGAGCCAGAGGCUCUAAUAGGCUUAAAAAAAGGUGGGCUCGGGGCGCAGAGCACUGCGCCCUGAG